AUGUUAACCAGAUGCACCAGAUUGAACUCUUUGAACAUUGUUCGUUUCCAAUCAUCUUAUCCUCCUCAUACCGUCAUUGGUAUGCCUGCAUUGUCUCCAACCAUGACUCAAGGUAACUUGGCUGUCUGGAACAAGUCUGUUGGUGAUCAAUUACAACCAGGUGAAGCUAUUGCUGAAAUUGAAACUGAUAAAGCUCAAAUGGAUUUUGAAUUUCAAGAAGAAGGUUAUUUAGCUAAAAUCUUGGUCGAAGCUGGUACAAAAGAUAUCCCAGUUAACACCCCAAUUGCUGUUUACGUUGAAGAUAAAGGUGAUGUUGAUGCUUUUAAAGAUUUCACUGCUGAAGCUAAAUCUGAAAAAAAAGAAGCUCCAAAAGAUGAAUCUAAAUCCGAAGAAGCACCAAAGAAAGAUGAAGGUUCUUCUGCUCCAAAGAAAUCUACUCCAUCCUCAUCUUCAUCAUCAUCAUCAGCUCCAACUGAUCGUAUAAUUGCAUCCCCAUUAGCUAAAACCAUUGCUUUAGAUAAAGGUAUUUCUUUAAGACAAGUUAAAGGUUCAGGUCCAAACGGUAGAAUUGUUAAAGAAGAUGUUGAAAAAUUCAUUGCUGAUAACAAAGUUGAAACUCCAAAAGCUGGUGCUCCAGCUCAAGUUGCUGCAGGUUCAGGUUCUUCAGCUCCAGAUUUUGUUGAUGUUCCAGUUUCAAACAUGAGAAAAAUCAUUGGUAAACGUUUAUUGGAAUCUACUCAAACUAACCCAUCAUACAUUGUCUCCUCUCAAAUCUCAGUUUCAAAAUUAUUGAAAUUAAGAGCUUCAUUAAAUGCUCAAGCUAAUGAUCGUUAUAAAUUAUCAAUUAAUGAUAUUUUAAUCAAAGCCAUUUCAGCUGCUGCUCGUCGUGUUCCAGAAGCUAACUCACAUUGGUUAGAAGCUGAAGGUGUUAUUAGACAAUAUAACAACGUUGAUGUUUCAGUUGCGGUUGCUACUCCAUCUGGAUUAAUUACUCCAAUUGUUAAAAACGCACAUGCUAAAGGUUUAGUUGAUAUUUCAAAAGAAGUUAAAGAUUUAGGUAAACGUGCCAAGGAUAACAAAUUAAAACCAGAAGAAUUCCAAGGUGGUACCAUUUGUAUUUCAAACUUGGGUAUGAACCAUGCUGUUAAUUUAUUCACUUCAAUUAUUAAUCCUCCACAAUCAACCAUUUUAGCCAUUGGUACCGUUUCAAAAGUUGCUGUUGAAGAUAAAGCUAAUCCAAAUGGAUUCAUCUUUGACUCAAAGAUUAACAUCACUGGUACUUUUGAUCAUAGAGUUGUUGAUGGUGCUAAAGGUGGUGAAUUUAUCAAGGCUUUGAAAGAAGUUAUUGAAAACCCAUUGGAAUUAUUAUUAUAA